AUGGACGAAUUGAACAGGGCCAUUAGGACGCCGGGAUUGAGGUCGGCGAGGGACGGCCCCGCAGCCAGGCCCGUGGAGAAUCCGGCCAAGACUGGCUAUCGCAGGUACGGCAACUUCGUGGACAUGGACGUGACGAAUGCGAAGUAUGCGCUGGGUCUGGUCCAAGCUGAGGCGAACAGCAAUGACAAUGCCCAAUCGAUAUACCUGGCGGGGAUCAACAAUAUCCUGAAGAAGAAGAGGGCUGGCAUCAACGGGAAGGACGACUCGGAUGAGGACAGUGACAACCAGUGGUCCGAUGAUGAGGACAUCGACUAUGAGACGGUCAGGCACAUGCUGGGCAAGAUGAUGCUGCGCGACAUGUUUGCGCUCUACGCCCAUGUCGUCGAGAAGGAGUUGGUCACCACCCUGACGGGCCUGGAAGAGAUGGAGUCCAAGAGUGACUACAACAUGGUAGGCAACGCGCUGUUCACCCUCUACUCGGAAGCUGAAUGGGUCAAGGAAUGCGUCCAGCUCGUCAAGGUCGCGGACAGCGUCAUCCCGGACUUCAUCAAGGCGCACGGCCUGCAGCGGUUGAUCGAUCUGUUCAGCGCAGGGUCCAAGGCAUCGAGUGUCAGCAAGACGAUCGGCGGCGUGAAGGGGUACACCCUCCAGAAGAUCAGGACCCUGGCGGUGCUGGAUUGCUUCGAUGAGACCCUCGGCGACAUCUACGAUUGCUGCGUCUAUUCCGUCGAGGUGCUCAAGUGCAUCAUGCUGGCCUCGCGCCUCGUCUGCGCCAGGAAGUACGAGGGCAUGCUGAUGGACUACUGGCAGAAGAACAAGAAGUACGAUAAGCUCUGCCUGAACAGCUACAAGCACGCGGUGGGCCAGACUCUCCUCGGGCCCGUGUUCGACAAGGCCUUCGAGGAUAUGCAAGGAUCCGACGGGCCGUUCUUCGUCCGCAAAGUCGGCGUGGACGCGAAAUUCAAGCUCAGCCCGCACCUCGCGGGCUUCAGCCCCAUAUCCCAGUUCGGCUCCUACGGCCUCGUCUCCACCGACCUCUACGCCUGCUACGGGGAGGAGAUGAAGACGUUCAACGGGCUGCAGGACCUGUACCUCCAGUACAUGACCUCCCCGCCGGAGUCCGCCGUCGUCCGCUGCGUGCAGGACCGCGUCCGGCAGAGGGUCAACGACCUCGCGAGGGUGAGCGGCAUGACGAAGCUGGCGGACUUCGUCGAGGGGCUGGAGGCCAAGCUCGGGUCCGACCGCUUGAUGGAGCAGAAGCUCUACCUCGAGUGGAUCCUGACGAACAAGGCGGUGUUGAACAAGCUCUACCCCCUCCACUCCUUCGACGACGACGGGUGCUACUACAAGGAGGCCCUGCGGGACACCGCCGCGGAGAGGGAGGGCACGGACGCCCUGGGCGGCAAGAGGUACGAAAUCUUCAGCUUUAUGAACACCAUGAGCUUCAAGAAGCUCCACGUCCUGGUCAAGUACAUCGCCGACGAGAAGGUGGACGAGAUGUUCAUCCAGGACCCGUCGAUCGCAGAGCUUGCCUUGAAGGUGGCCUGCAUGUACAUCGUCGACAGCAACCUCGCGGAGUUCGCCAGGGUCGAGCAGCUGGACAGGGAGGCCGUCGCCUCGCACAGCCUGGGCGCGCACGACGCCGAGCUGUACGACAAGCUCGUCUCGAACCUCCUCGAGUCGUCCAAGGAGCUGGAGGCCAUCAAGAGGAACACGAGCCCGGCCGUCGGCGCGGCGCUGGGGGCGACCAUCGGCGUUAGUAUCAGGCUGCCGCCGUCGGGCCCGCCGCCAGCCUCGGCCCUGCAGGAGGGGGACAGUCUGAGGCUCGCCCCGCUGUCCGUGACCGACCUGCUGACCGCCGACAGCGUGGAGGUGAUCGAGAACCUAUCCGCCGUCGACCCUUCGCUCGCCAACGUGGUCAACGAGCAGGUGAAGGACUCGUUGCAAGCCGGCAAGCAGAUCGAGGUCCCGUCCAUGACCCCGCUGGAAGCGCAAGCCAUGACCCUGACCUACAUCGAGAAGGACAUCGAGCAUGUGAAGCAGAUGAUGAGCAGCGGCAUAUCCGACGCGGACAAGGAAUCGAUCGUGAAGGGGAUCGAGGUCAAGCUCGAGGACUGCGGGAAAAAUCUCGGGUCCAUCCAAGGCAUGUACACACAGUCGGAGCAGCUGUUCGACCGCAUCAAGGCUCUCUACGACGCGGAGAAAACGAAGGAUCCGAGCUCGGCCACCACCACGACGCUGCACAACCUCACAGUGCAGGCCAGCGCGAAGUUAUCCGACAUCAAGGACUUCGUGGACGGGGCUAAGCACCAGGUCGCCAGUGUCGAGAAGCUCAAGUCGGACGUGAUGUCCUCGCUGAGCUUUUCGUUCUGCACCUCGGAGCAGCUCCGCGCCGACACGUUCGUCGUUUCCGUGCAGAACCUGUUGAAGGAAGCGGAUGCUACUCUCCGGCUUCUCAAAGACGAUGAUGCGGAGGCCGUGAAGAUCGAGGCCUUGGCCCAUCACACCCCUCCUGCCUCGCCUCGUCCUACUCCCCCUGCCUCGCCUCGUCCUACUCCCCCUGCCUCGCCUCGUCCUACUCCCCCCGCUUCUCCUCGUCCUGCUUCUCCUCUUCAUCCCACUCCCCCCGCCUCUCCUCGUCCUACUCCCCCUGCUCCUCUUCAUCCCACUCCCCCUGCUCCUCACCCUCCCACUGGUUCUUCUUCGACCUACACCCCGCCUUUCACCCUGCCGCCAGCACCAGCACCAGUAGCGCCAGCCGCCAUGGGACCGCUGCCCGGGGCGCCGCUGGACCCGUUGCAGGUGCAGCUCGUGCUCCACCGGAUGGUGGCCGACAUCAGCGCCAUCAUGCAGUACCAGGUCACCAACGUGCAGAGGCUGGUGGAGAAGGAGGUCGUGGUGGAGAAGGAUCUCGCCGACCUGAAGAGCGGCAAGUACCAGGGCAAGCCGCUCUACGGCGCGGCGGUGUCAUCCAAGCUGGAGGGCCGGGCGGCUGCGCACAAGCCUCGCAACACGGCAAUCACCUGGAUGGUGAAGAUGGAGAGGAGGAACAGCGCGAGGAAGCGGGUGGUGGACGGCGUGAUCCGCGCCUGCGUCACGAAGCACGGCGGCGCCCUCGCCUGGUGCCCCCUGUUCAUGAUUGUGGGGGGUGAUGCUGAUGGUGACGUUGGGGUCGGGCCCGCUGACGAAGCGGUGGGGGUCGACGGUCUUGCCCCGCAUGAACGCGAUGCUGGUGUAGACGUUGACGAGCAGGGGAGGAACUUGGUCUUGUGGUCCUGGAUGGUGUUCUGGAUCCACGGCAUGAUCGCGUCCCCGACGAAGGCGUUGAUCGCCGUCGAGACGAAGGUGAACACCGCGAUGCAGCUCCACUUGUACCACGUGUCCAGCUCCACCCCCAUCACCUUGGAGUGCUUCCCGGGGCCGAACUUCAUGAAGUGCGAGUCCAUCACCCCCAGCUCCGAGAAGAUGGCCAGCACCAUCGUCAUCCACGUCAUCAGCACCACCGACGUCAGCCGCUUGUCCUCGAAGAAGCGGUUGAUCAGCUCCAUCGCUGUCCGAUCGUCCCCCCUCCCGCCCUGCCCCGCCGCCCGUUAA